AUGACCCUACCCCAUCCCGAAGGAAUAAAGUUUGUUUCCGUAGCUUUCAAGCCAGCUGCAGAAGUGCAAAAUGAGGGCUCAAGGCUGUGGUUAGGGAACAAUAUUGGAGACCUCAUUGAGGUUGACAUCUCAAGUGGAAGCAUUGUUACAAGCAAGUCAAACGCCCAUACUCGGCGUGAGAUAAUAAAGAUUUACCGACAUUCGAAGGAAUUGUGGACACUUGAUGAUGGUGGAACAUUGCAUUUAUGGGCUCCAGACGAUACUGGCGAACCAAAUCUGACCAAUCCAUCCCAGAGCUUUAGACUUCCGAAAGGGCAUACAUUCUCGCUGGUUGUUGACGGCGAAUUGUGGCAUGCAGCAGGCAAAGAUAUCCGGAUUUUUAUCCCAACACUGGAUGGAAGUUCACAGUUUCAAGUGUUACAACGUCCCAUUCAUCAACCAGAUGCGGGCGAGAUAACAUCGGGGGCGGUCAUAAAUUCUCAGCCUGACCGCAUAUACUUCGGCCAUGUUGAUGGAAAAGUAAGCAUAUAUUCUCGGCAUGAUUAUGCAUGCUUGGGAAUAAUCAAUAUCAGUGUCUAUAAAAUCACAUCUCUUGUAGGUGUAGGCAGUUAUCUUUGGGCUGGCUUUAGCACCGGUAUGGUAUAUGUAUACGACACUACUCAUACUCCAUGGGUUGUGAAAAAAGAUUGGCGUGCUCACCAUGAUCCACUCAUUGGCCUAUUCGUCGACCGCAGCAGCUUUUGGAUGCUUGACCGGGAACAUGUUAUCUCCUUAGGCCAGGACAAUAUGAUACGAGCAUGGGAUGGCAUGCUCCAGGAUGAUUGGAUGGAGCAACAGAUGCAAUCACAAGAAGCAGAUUUUUGCAAGCUCACCCCAGUCAAGACUUUGGUUAUGACGUGGAACGCCGGUGCAUCUACGCCGUACCAUCUUCAACAAUCCGAUCAGGAUUCAAGGUUCUUGCCUCAGCUUCUGCAAGACAGCGACCGGCCAGAUAUAUUGGUCUUUGGAUUCCAAGAAUUGGUUGAUUUGGAAGAUAAAAAGACGACUGCCAAAAGCUUCUUCAAAUCCAAGAAGAAGGAGAAAGACUCCGAUCAUGAACAUAUGAGCCACCAAUAUCGAAAUUGGCGAGACUUCCUCAUCCGAUGCUUAGAUGAUUAUGUUCAGGGCGAGAUAUAUCACUUGCUUCACACAGCAAAUCUAGUCGGUCUUUUCACGUGUGUAUUUGUUAGAUCGCCUCUUCUGCCCCGAAUCAAAAACAUCAAUGCCGCUGAAGUCAAGAGGGGAAUGGGUGGGCUUCACGGGAACAAGGGUGCAUUGAUUCUUCGAUUUGUCUUGGAUGAUACGUCAAUGUGCUUCAUCAACUGCCAUCUUGCCGCUGGGCAGACCCAAACGAAAGAUCGGAACACAGAUAUAAGUAUGAUCCUUGAAAGCCAGGUUCUGCCUGCAGAACGUGAUCACGGUGUUCGCAUAGAUAGUUUCGUAGGAGGUGGUGAUGGAACGAUGAUCCUCGAUCACGAGAUUUGCAUCUUAAACGGUGACUUGAAUUACCGUAUCGAUACUAUGGGCAGAGAUACCGUGGUUAAUGCGGUCAAGGCCAAUAACCUGGGAAAACUUCUUGAGCGAGACCAACUGCUUGCCUCCAAACGCAAAAACCCUUGGUUUAGAUUGCGUGCUUUUCACGAACUACCUAUUACUUUCGCGCCGACCUACAAAUACGACGUAGGAACGGACAAUUAUGAUACAAGUGAGAAGAAAAGAGCACCAGCUUGGUGUGAUCGCUUACUUUACCGUGGACACAAUCGGGUGGAGCAGCUCGAUUACCGUCGACACGAGGUACGUGUGUCUGAUCAUAGACCAGUGACUGGACUAUUCAACAUGGUUGUCAAGACUAUUUCGCCCCAGAAGCGUGCCGUAAAAUGGGAGGAAUGUUUGCAAAACUUCCAAAGGUUAAAAGAACAGCUUGGUGCUGAAGCCAGGCUUGAUUACCUUACAAAUGUUUUGCUUCAGGCCUGGGAACUUAUGGGACCUCCUAAGUGA